CUUCCUUCUUCUUCUUCCACAAUCCCAUGCCAUCCGUCAAACUCUCACAACCCAAAAAGGGGUCCUUUUCACAGAGCUUGGUCGACAGAGAAGAAAAAACGUUAACAACUUCCAAAGUCCUCCUUGGAAAUUCAUGCCGUGUGUAAACUCCUCCUGGUGACUCACACCCUUCUCCUUCCUUUUUUUCAAAGAGUGUUGCUUUCCUUCACCAAAACGCGCAAACAACAACAACCAUCUAUACAUCAUCUUUCAUCGAUUGAAGAAGUUUCAAAGUUUCGCGAUUCAAGAAUCAUCGAACCCGAUUAAACACUAGUAGUCAACAAGAUGGCUUCCGCGGCGAUAUUCUCGUCGUUGCGGCGGAGGAGGUCGCCGUCGCUGGAGGCGUUUCUAGCGCCGGUGGACCUCUCGGACGUGGCGCUGGUGCAGACUCUGGUAUCGGUGACGGCGGAGAUCGUGUCGUCGUUUUCGGACAAGUUGUUUUAUUUCCAGAGACGGAAUUCGAGGUCGUUGGUGCGGAAAGUCGAGGUGUUUCUGGUGCUUCUGGACUGCUUAAACGACUCCUCCGCCGGGUCGUCAGCUCUGCCGUGGACGGCGGUGAUCUGUUUAAAGGAGCUUUAUUUGCUGCUAUACAGAUCCAAGAUUCUCCUCGAUUACUGCGCCCAGUCCAGUAAGCUCUGGCUGCUUCUCCAGAACCAUCCGAUUUCCGGCCAUUUCCAUGACCUGAAUCAGGAAAUCUCGACGCUUCUGGACGUUUUUCCGAUCGAAGAAGUCGAGCUGGGGGAAGACGUGAGGGAGCAGAUUGAGCUUCUGCAGAGUCAGGCAAGGAGGGCGAAGCUGUUGAUUGAUGAAGCAGACGAGGAUCUGAGGAUUCAGUUCUUUCGGUUUCUUAGUGAAUUCGAGAAGGGGCGAGUGCCGCAUUCGGAUGAACUCUGGGUGUUUUUCGUGGAGAGAUUGGGGAUUAGGGAUGCCAGGAGUUGCAGGCAUGAGAUUGAGUUUUUGGAAGAGCAGAUUGUGAAUCAUGAGGGUGAUGUGGAGCCUACUGUGUCUGUGAUCAAUGGGUUUGUGGCGUUUACAAGGUACUGCAGGUUCUUGCUUUUCGGAUUCGAGGAAGAUGAGGUGGAGUUGGGAGGAGGAGCUGGGAGUCAGAAGAAGGCGAGGAAGGGUUUGAUUAGUCAGGAGAUUGCGGAUACUUUUGUUUCGAUUCCUAAGGACUUUUGCUGUCCUAUCAGUUUGGAUUUGAUGAGGGAGCCUGUGAUAAUCGCGACUGGGCAGACAUAUGAAAGGAGUUCGAUUUCGAGGUGGCUGGAGGAAGGGCAUUGUACUUGUCCGAAAACAGGUCAAAUGCUGCCUCAUACCAAGCUUGUUCCGAAUAAGGCGUUGAGGAAUUUGAUCUUGCAGUGGUGCACUGCUUAUGGAGUUCCUUAUGAUGCUCCGGAGUGUAGUGAAGCAUCGGCAGAGAGCUUUGCGGGGGCUUCUCCGUCUAAGGCUGCACUUGCAGCGAAUAGAGCUACAGCGGGGCUUUUGAUCAAGAGGCUAGCGGAGGAUGGAUCGAUAUGUGCACAAACUAUAGCUGCUAGGGAGAUUCGGUUGCUGGCCAAGACUGGAAGAGAGAACCGUGCUUUCAUUGCGGAAGCUGGGGCAAUUCCCCAUCUUCGGAAGUUGCUUUCUUCUCCAAACUCGGUUGCACAGGAGAACUCUGUGACUGCAAUGCUUAACCUAUCAAUUUAUGACAAGAACAAAAGCAGGAUUAUGGAUGAAGAAGGGUGUUUGGGAUCGAUUGUGGAUGUGCUGAGGUUUGGCCACACAACAGAAGCAAGGGAGAACGCCGCGGCAACUUUGUUUAGUCUGUCUGCAGUUCAUGACUACAAGAAGAGAAUAGCAGAUGAGGAAGGGGCAAUUGAAGCCUUGGCCGGGCUGCUGUUACAUGGCACCCAAAGAGGAAAGAAGGAUGCUGUGACAGCUUUGUUUAAUUUGUCGACGCACACAGAAAAUUGCGCAAGAAUGAUUGAGGCUGGGGCUGUAACAGCAUUGGUAAGUGCAUUGGGAAUUGACGGUGUUGCUGAGGAAGCAGCAGGUGCACUGGCCUUGAUUGUUAGGCAGCCACUUGGGGCUAAAGCGGUAGCAAAAGAGGAAAUGGCAGUGGCCGGUUUAAUAGGGAUGAUGCGUUGCGGGACUCCAAGGGGUAAAGAAAAUGCAGUUGCAGCUUUGCUUGAGUUGUGUCGGAGUGGUGGAGCUGCUGCAACUGAGAGAGUAGUCAAGGCACCGUCUUUGGCUGGUUUGCUUCAGACGUUGCUUUUCACUGGUACAAAGAGGGCAAGAAGAAAGGCGGCAUCUCUUGCUAGAGUGUUCCAAAGGUGUGAGAAUGCAUCGACAAUGCAUUUUGGUGGCCUCGGAGUAGGAUACGCAUUUGCAGGUAACUCAGCUGCAAAUCGUGAUACGAGUUUCGUUGGUGAUGUCUCAGUGCAAAUGUCCAUUUCGGUGCCUGUGUUAUAGUGGUAAACAUCCACCCUAGAUUUGUAGUCUUACUUGUUAUAUGUGCUCCCAUUUUUGUUGGAAAUAUUACACAUUCUUUCAUUGAAAUCAUAAAGAAGUCACAGGAAUAUAUCCAAUGUGCUUUAACAGGACAUCUUCUGUUGUCAAUCUGUUAGUGUUAAUACACAUGUAAUCCUUAUUGAUUUGGUAAACCAAAGCAGCAAGUGUUCACUACUUUUCAG